GAUGGGGGCGUGGCAUCGUGGUUCGCGCGCUGUGACGCGCCGCUGAGGAGGCGCUGGUUUCCAAUUCAGUGUGGUGGCCCAGGAUCUCUCUCUCUCUCUCCACUGGACCCAGCCCAGCGGUCCUGCCCUGAGGGAGGACAGUAAGCGCGGUGGCAGAGCUGAAGACUGGAGAACAGAACCAUGGCUGAUAAAAUCCAGGAAUCCAGUGGCAUUGAUUUCCCCUUUCCCUUCCCACCCUACUCCAUCCAGAAGGACUUCAUGGCAAAGCUGUAUCAUGUGUUGGAGGCUGGCAAGAUCGGGAUAUUUGAGAGUCCCACUGGCACGGGAAAGUCCCUGAGUCUCAUCUGCGGGGCUCUGACCUGGCUCCGUGACUUUGAACAGAAGAAACAGCAGGAAGAGGCGCGCUGCCUCCUGGCUCCUGGAACCCAGCCCCUGCCAGAGGGCCAGGACUUGCUUCCUGCAGCCCCAUCUUCCUGCCCGGCACCCCCCACUGCCCUGAUGCCUGGAGGAGAGCCGGACUGGGUCACCCAGUUUGUGCAGAGGAAGGAGGAGAGGGAGCUGGCAGAGCGAGUGAAGGAGGAGCAGAGCAGAAGGAGGAAGCGAGAGGAGCGGCUGCAGCAAACCCGCCACAGUGCACAGUUCAAGCGCGCAGCCCAGCGCCAGAGUCGGGAAGAGGAGGAGACCAAGGCGCUCCUCCGUCUCAGUAGGGAGCUGCUGGCCGAGGGGUCAGGUGCAGAGCUGCUGGAGCCUGAGGAAGAAGAGCUGGUGCUGGCGGAGUAUACAAGUGACGAGGAGAGGACGGCAGCCAUUGGGGUGGACGAGGACGAGGACGAGGAGGACCUGGAAGAGGAGCAUGUCACAAAGAUUUACUACUGCAGCCGAACACAUUCCCAGCUGGCCCAGUUUGUGCAGGAAGUUCAGAAGAGCCCCUUUGGCAAGGACACCAGGCUGGUGACCCUGGGCUCCCGGCAGAACCUUUGUGUGAACGAAGAUGUGAGAAGCCUGGGUGCUGUGCAGCUGAUCAAUGACCGCUGCAUGGAAAUGCAGAGAAGCCCGCAUGAGAAUAAGAACAGAGCUGAGGCAGAAAAGCCGAAGAGAAGACGGCAGGAGGGCCGGACCGCCUGCCCCUUCUACAACCGAGAGCAGACACAGCUGCUCCGGGAUGAGAUCCUGGUGGCAGCGAGGGACAUGGAGCAGCUGGUGGCCCUCGGGAGGGAGGCCCGGGCCUGCCCCUAUUACGGAAGUCGUCUCGCUGUCCCUGUGGCCCAGCUGGUGGUGCUGCCCUACCCAAUGCUGUUGCAUGCAGCCACUCGACAGGCUGCGGGCAUCCGGCUGCAGGGCCAGGUCGUCAUCAUCGACGAGGCGCACAACUUGAUCGACACCAUCACAGACAUACACAGCACGGAGGUCAGCGGGUCCCAGCUCUGCCAGGCCCACUCCCAGUUGCUGCAGUACAUGGAGCGGUACAGGAAGCGUCUGAAGGCCAAGAAUCUGAUGUACAUCAAGCAGAUCCUGUAUUUGCUGGAGCAGUUUGUGGCUGUGCUGGGAGGGAAUAUCAAGCAGAACCCCAACACACAGAGCCUCUCACAGACAGGGACUGAGCUGAAGACCAUCAAUGACUUCCUCUUUCAGAGCCAGGUGGACAACAUCAACCUGUUCAAGGUGCAGAGGUACUUCGAGAAGAGCAAAGUCAGCAGGAAGCUCUGUGGCUUCACGGAACGCUAUGGUGCCAUCCUCCCACCAUCCCGGGAGCAGUCCAGACUGGCAGGGCUUCAGCAAUUCCUGCAGAGCCUGCAGCCAGGGGUGACCGAGACUCCUGCCGCCGCCCCCCCAGAGGAGGCUGAGGUUGAGGCCAUGCGCGCUGCUUCCCCACUGAUGCACAUCGAAGGCUUCCUCACAGCCCUCACCACUGCCAACCAGGAUGGCAGAGUCAUCCUGAGCCGCCAAGGCAGCCUCAGCCAGAGCAGCCUCAAAUUCUUGCUCCUGAAUCCAGCCGUGCAGUUUGCCCAGGUGGUAAAAGAAUGCCGGGCAAUGGUCAUUGCAGGGGGCACCAUGCAGCCGGUGUCUGACUUCCGGGAGCAGCUGCUGGCCUGGGCUGGGACGCAAUCCGAGCGCGUGGUGGAGUUUUCCUGUGGUCACGUUAUCCCACCAGACAACAUCCUGCCCCUGGUCCUCUGCAGUGGGCCCACCGGCCAGCAGCUGGAGUUCACCUUCCAGCAGAGAGAGCUGCCUGCAAUGAUGGAGGAGACAGGACGCAUUCUCUGCAACCUGUGCAACGUGGUCCCUGGAGGGCUGGUCUGCUUCUUCCCUUCCUACGAGUACCAGCGCCAGGUCCUUGCCCACUGGGACAAGAGUGGUCUGCUGGCCCGCCUGACUGUCAGGAAAAAGCUCUUCCAGGAGCCCAAGAGAGCCAGCCAAGUGGAGCAGGUCCUGUCCGCAUAUUCCAAAUGCAUUAAGAGGUGUGGACAGGCAGGAGGCCCAGUGACCGGGGCCCUGCUCCUCUCUGUGGUGGGAGGGAAGAUGAGUGAAGGGAUCAACUUCUCGGACGACCUGGGCCGGUGUGUGGUAAUGGUGGGCAUGCCCUACCCUAACAUCCGGUCUCCUGAGCUGCAGGAGAAGAUGGCCUACUUGGAUCAGCGCCUUCCCAGGAGCCCAGGGCAGGUGCCCCCGGGGAAGGCACUGCUGGAGAACCUGUGCAUGAAGGCUGUUAACCAGUCCAUUGGCAGGGCCAUCCGCCACCAGAGGGACUUUGCCAGCAUCGUGCUCCUGGACCAGCGAUACACUAGGCCCCCAGUGCUGGCAAAGCUGCCGGCCUGGAUCCGAGACCGCGUGGAGGUCAAAGCCACUUUUGGUGCUGCGUUCGCUGCACUGCGGAAGGUCAGGCCGGCCCUCUCCUUCCCUGGCUCCCAGCGCCCAGCCCGAGAGUUGGCUGCUCACAGCCUUUCCCUGUGCCUGCAGUUUCACCGGGAGAAGGCGGGGCCCUCCUGAUGGCAGCCUCAUCCCUGCCUGCCCUGGUCCCUGCUGUGUGCAGCCUUUGGUGUCCCCACCAGCCCUCACGCUGAGCCAGAAGCUGCCGGAUCAGGGUUGCACAGUGAAGCCAGCAGGAGCGGAUGAAACAGUGGGUCCUGCCAUAGUGUGGCCCAGCCCAGGGCAGCUUAUGCUCUGCCUGGGGACGAAAGAAGUCCCCACUCCCCUAAGCACCCACCUUCCUAUGUUGAGGUCCAUCCUGCCCCUCCCUCCCCCAGCUCAGAAGGGCAGAAGACCCUGUGCCCUUCCCCUAGACACGCCAUGGAAAGGUGCCUUCCCCUCCCCCGCAGCCACUCCUGCUCUUGGCUCCCCUCCUCUCACCCCAAUCCAGAGAAAGGGGCCUUGGUCCCGAGCCUCUGAACCCACUUAGAGGGGGCAGGCCAGGCUCCAGGAGACCUCUGCACCCUGCCCAGCCGCCCUUCCUAAUACAUCACGCACUCCUGGCUUGUGCAGC